AUGUUACACCUGGCAAUGGUAUGUCUAACCAUAAGCACUGUAGCUGGAGGGGAUGUAUUUUAUAGUAAAUCCUCUACUCCAAAACCUUAUAUCAAGAAAUAUUCAGACUGGAUGGGAUAUAUUCUUCCUUCAACACCUAUAACGAAUCUCUCCAUUCCUGGCACUCAUGACACCUGCGCAAAGACAGGAGGAGCUGCCUUUUAAUGCUAAUCUUGGACUCUCAAAGAUCAAUUAGAAGCAGGCAUCAGGUUCCUCGAUAUCAGGGCCAGACACAUCAACAAUGGACUUGCAAUUCAUCAUGGAAGUGUCUAUCUUGGUACGGACUUUGACACAGUUCUUAGCACGGUGACCUCGUUCUUGAGAGUAUAGAUUAGAGAAACUGUGCUCAUGAGGGUAAAAAAAGAACAUACUGAAUAAGGGUGCACUCGAGCAUAUUAUCAAACAGUAGAGGCAAAGCUUGCCGCCUUUAACUCUUUCAUUUACAGAGGUUCGAGCAGUAUGGAUUACCUGACUCUUGGUGACGCCAGAGGAAAGAUAGUCAUUCUCUAUGAUGAAUGGAGCUCUUCUACUGUGGGAUAUCCUUAUUUUGGGAUGGCGAUAGCUGAUGAUUAUGCAGUUUAUGAAACUUGGCUAUCAAAAGAGAACAAAAAGAAAAGUGUUUCGGAUAACAUCAUGGGAGCAAUUUUGAUGACUAAGCCUAUUAUAAAUGGUUAUGAAUACCCUGAAACCAAAUGGCGUUGUACCUUCUUGAGUGGAUCUACAGGUGUUUCCCCAGAGAUGUGGGGAAAGAAGUUCAACGAGCAAAUCUAGUUUUAUCGAGGAAGGCUGGGGAUUGUAGUAUUUGAUUUUCCUGGAGAAGAUGCAAUUGAACAUGUUAUAAGUCAGAACUUUAUCUUUCAAUCAGGUUAAGCUAAUUCACCAGAGUGGAGGACUCUCUGGGGUGGACUUUGGGGUGAUUUAAAGGCAGAGGUUACAACUCGUGAUGGAGAAUUUGCAUGCGGUGCUAGAAUGAGGGUAGAGGCUAAGGGCAAAUCUGAUGAUACUGCCGCCAACGGACUUGAACUUGUUACUUGUAAGAGAGACAAAUGGGAUACCCAAUCAUCGCUAAUGGUAGAGAAAGGUAACUGGGGAGAUUGGUACACAAAAAUGUGUCCCAGGGGAUAGUUUAUUGUUGGAGGCUAGGUUAGAUUCUAAGAUGCCUAAAUUGAUGGAAGUGAUACAGCAUUGAACGGCCUCAAGAUUAGUUGCAAGAGUCCUCAAGGUGGUGAACCAGCUUUCUAGGAAGUUCAUGCUGGAUAUUGGGGUGAGUGGAAAGCUGCCUACAUCUCAAAGACUAAAUAUGUGUGUGGUGCUCGCGCAAGAUUUGAAGGUAACCAACUUGCAGGAGAUGAUACCGCACUCAAUGGAAUUACAUUCAAAUAUUGCAGUCUCUAUUGA